GAAAAAAAGUCGCGAGCACAUCGUUGGUGCCUGGAAAAUAGUGUUUUAUUGAAUGCUCAGACUUGCGAAAUUACGUUCUGCUGCGUGAUGGAGGAAGCCAAGUUGGUCAGUUUGCUGGGCAGCAUACAAAAAUCGAACGACAAGAACGUUAUCUACCGCAAUCUGGUCACCAUCCGCACGCACUUUGUGACGUCGGAAGGGGGUAUACGAUUGCUGUCGACGACCGAUGGAAUCAAGGUGCUGGUCGGCCUGCUCAGCAAACCCUACGAAAAGGUCAUCGAAGUGGUCCUGAGCAUCCUGGGAAACUGCUGCACACGGAAGGAAUGCUGCAAACAGGCAUUCGAUUACGGUAUACUGAGUCCGUUGAUUUCGAUCAUUUCCAACAUUCCGAAUCCCAGCAUCCAGUGUCGGGGGUGCCGGCUGCUGGGCAACCUGGCCCAGCAUGAACCGAUCAGCUACAAGAUUGCGCGUGACAAUGGGAACACGGCGUAUGCGCUCAGCUCGAUUCUAACCGAGUCGGAUAACAUGGCUGUGCUGAUAAUGGUGAUCCGUGCGAUCCGACAGCUUUGGCGUGAAAAAUCGCUCCGGAUGACCCUGAUGGAGCAGGGGUGUAUUGGAAAAAUUGUCCAAAUUCUUAUACGUUACGCCCAGAUCGAAUCCGAUGCGGAUCCAUUACUGAGCAGCGAACGAUCGUCGGGUGGCAGCCCACCUGGCAGCAGCGGUAAGGACGAGGAGGAAAAGGUUGUGCUGAAGCACUGGCACGCACCGGACCGGAUGGUGACGAAGGAGAAGUUUAAUAACAUCGUACGCAACAUGGAACACAGCCAGCUGUGCGAUAUCGUCGGCUAUCAGGUGAUACAGAACUACCGCUGGAAGGAUCGGCCCGAUUUCAGGCUGCCCGAGUCGGACGAAACGAUCAAACUGUUCGAGAGCGUACUGAAGUGUCUACAGAUGAUCACCACCACGGUGAUGCUGCAGGUGGUGGAGGAAAUCUACGGCGGAACCGGAACGGGGCUGGACUGUCUGGUGUACCUUUGCGGAGAAACGAGUCCCUUCCGGGCGCUCUCGUUGAAGGUGGUUUCAAAUUUGGCCGCUAACCCGGAUGCAAUUGAUCGAUUGACGGCGUGCGGUGUGAUAAAAAUGGCUGCCGAUUUGAUAAUGUACGCCAGUUUAGAUGAGUCGGAGAAGCGAUACUGUAUCAACAUGAUGUGCUUGCUCACCAAGGAAGCCUGUAAUCGGGGGCACAUUCGAAGGAGCGGUGCCCUGCAGGCAUUUAUGAAGAUUGCCAAACAAUCGCACGAAAAGCGCGAACAGGCGAUGAUACUAUACGCACUGUACCAGUACCGAUUCGACAGUCUUAGCAACGAAAUCCUUCUGAGCAACGGCCUGGUGAGCUUUCUAGUUCGAAUCUUAAACGGAAUCAUUGACGAGAAGGAGGUGACCCAUAUACGGCACGACGAACAAGACAAACAGCAAAGCAACCCCAGUGUAUUCAGCAAGCGCCGAUCAAAUUCAGCCAAGGCCGGGAAGAUGCGACGUAGCGAUCUUUUGUUCCACUACAAAAGUGGCAACGGGUACCAGCAGCAUCAACAACAUCAACAUCGGGCAGCGAAACUGUCCAAGCUCGAUCCUUACUGCUCCGCACCGGAAUCUCCGGACAGUGGGAGCAGUGGGUACGCCAGUACCAGCUACGGUACAGUCCGAAGCCCAGCGACAAGUGUCGAAUCAAGUCCACCACGGGACGAAGCGUUCGAGGACGAUACGGAAAUCUACUCCCCAGUCUGUAGCGACCACGAGCAGGAGGAUGACACGCGCGGCGAUACAACGGCGGAGCGAACGAGACCACCGGCAAAUCAGAUCGAUGCUGGCGGCGAUCUUCCCUUUGCCGGAGAGGGAAACGAAGAGGACGAGGGCGAUGGGCUGGACGGGACGGAAGAAAUGAAAGACUUCGACAUCGUUUCCUAUCUUAUCGAGGACAGUUCCAACGCCAAGUGGCUGGAUACGGUCGAGGAGCGGGAACUGCUGGAGGAGGAAUCGGUAAGCUCCGGGCUGCGACCGUCCAGGUGCGGAACGUCGGACGUUUGUAUCGAUGAUAAUGAAAUGUUCAAGAUUGAGCUGGAAAUCGCCACCGCCAAAACGUUCGAAAAGUAUCCGAUGCAGCCGACGUUGACGUUGCUCUGGUCGGUGUCGAAGUCUUUCCCCGCGGUGGAGUUUGUCCAAACGAGCACGCUCGAGACGUUGCUGAAGAUUUGCAAACACGCGAAGAAACCGCGCGGUCGUGCGUUUCAAACGCUGGCCAAUAUUUUGAAGCAUGUCAAGCACUUUCUGCCCUUGCUGAAGCAGGACUUUGUGUUUCGGUUGCACGAGAUGAAACUGCCAUACCCGGCGCAUGGUGCACGCUGUUGGAGUUGCGAUGAGAUGCGAACGGCCUGUAACGACCUGAUGACGCUUUUCGGUUCGGUCGGCGAGACAGGCUACGGACAGGGGGAGAUUGCGCACAUACUGCGAACGGGUGAGCGGGAUCUGAAGCUGCGCGUUUCGAUCAUAGUGCUGUUCGUCGUGCGGGACACGCGCCUACUACAUAAGCUGCUCUUCGACAUGAAGGUGCUCGAAACGGUGAUAGACUUUAUCCUGGACGAGGUGGGCGGUGCAACUUGUUCGGCAUCGCCGGACGAGCAGCAGGUGCGCCUGCGUGGCAUUGCCUGUUCAGCGAUAACGCAGCUGGCACAGAAUUUGUCCAUCUACGGCGAGGAAGAGGACACCGGAACGCCAAGCGAGAAGCUCGAGGCGAAAGAAUUCGACAACACGCUCACGAUCUGCGAUGAAUCGCCUGCCAGCGCGGACGAGCGGGUCACGUUUCGGGUGCGAAGCACUCCGGCCGGACCGGAAGAGCUGGUGCUCGUCAGCAAAGCGCUGCUCAUGGAAGGAAGCGAGGUGUUCCGGCGAAUGUUCGAGGCGGACCAUUUCAUCGAGUCGGUCAACAACGAGGUGCACCUGCGCGAGCCGAUCAGCGCCGAUGGGUUGCGAUACUUUUUCUACCUCAUUCGGCUGCAAACGGUCAACAAGCUGACCGGCAUGGCACCUCCGCCGAAGGUGAUCGAGGCGAGUCUGGACGCGCUCAGUCUCGCACAGAAGUAUCUCCUGCCGGCCGUGGAACGGUCCGUGCUAAACAUCGUCAAGACGCUCCUGAACGACGACUGCGUGCUGAACGUGUUCGAGUGGUCGCUGAAGAACUACAACCAGGAGUUGCUGGUCGCUUCGACGUACUACUUCCUCUAUUCGGACAUCAGCGGUUCGGCUAAGUGUAAGCUGUACCGGGCGGCUAAUCGGUCGUCCUAUCGGGACGACUGGCGACGGCUGCUGACCGAAACGAUCCUGUUUCGGCUUCAGCCGAACGCGGAACUCUAGCUCCCGUGAUUUCCGCCUCUCCCCCGAUUCCCAUAAGGCUGUGACCAACGAUGGCAUCUGAGCGACUUUUGUUACAAGUUGUACGCGCAAUGCAUUAGAUUUUCUAUUGUUUUAUCCUUUUUUACUUUAUCGAAAAUUGUCUUAAUAUUCAACAAACAUUCCA